CAGGGCAGACUUUUAUUUUCUCAGUGAUAGCUUAGGAUUUUUUGUUAGUUUAACAUUUUAGGAAAUAUGACAGGAAUGCAGCGAAGCUCGACAACUUUGAAUAAAUUGUGGUUGCCUGUUGGUAUUGUAGUAUUUGUGGGCCUUACGUUUGGACUUCUAUAUGGAAUGGAUUUAAUAUCCGGCCGGGGUAGUCGAAAAUUCACGUACAAGCAAUACCUCGAACAGUCUCUGACGUGCGCAGACCAAUUUUCUAUUCGUUUAUUAAAGCAGACCAAUUUUUUCGUAGAUCAGAUGAUGCCAAUGCAGAAGUUUUGCAGGGAGUGGGAAAUAUAUGUUACUUGCCGGCAAAGAGUCGCCUCCUACACCGAACUAACAUCGUACAUUUGGAAUAACGGUACCUUGGUACAAGCGAUGUGCUCUGGCAAUAUAACUGACCAAGAACCGAUGGACGCCGGCAUGUUAAAUUUCAUUAGUGUUCCCUAGAACUCAAGAAAUGACACCACAAAUCGUACACAAUUGACUUCCAUAAUUCCUAAUGUUUUAUCUUGUAAAAGACAUUCGAAAAAUCGUGUAUAUAUUCAGCUGCUAUAUUUUCCUUUACUUUGGCGGCGUAUGAUCGAACACCUUCAGGCCAAGCGUGCCAUUUAACAUGCUACCUGCUCUUAAACACGCAUCGGAUAGAAUUCGAUUUAAAUUAUUUAUGUAUAUAUUCAAA